AUGAAGUGUGAUGGAAUUGUAGUGAGUUGUUGUUUUGAUCACCGAAUAGUAGAUGGAAUAAGCAGCUGUAUUUUGUUUAAUGCAUGGACGGAGGCUGCUCGAGGUCUUUCAUUUUCCAUUACGCCUUGUUUUCAACGCUCACUCAUCAAUCCCCACCAACCUCUCCACGCCGCUGCACUCCCUGAGAUUGAUAUUCAUUACGUGGCAUUGCCUUUCUCUGCUCUCACUCACACUCACCCUCCUCCACCCCAAAUUGGGCGCACCUAUCAUUUGGAUGCUCUUACGCUUCUUCAAUUGCUGGCUCUGGGUAACAAAACUGAAGCAAAACCCCGUGUUGGCAAACCCAUAACAAAGAUGGACGCAGUCUCUGCCUACAUUUGGAAAGUCUUUGCUCGCGCGCAGGCUUUGAGUUGUUCAGAAGCAACGAGAAUCGGCAUUCCAAUUGACGGGCGUGCAUACCUUAACCUCCCUCCCUCCUACUUCGGAAACGCGAUAGCAAUUCCUUUCAAGGAGAGUUACGCAGAGGACAUAUUGGAGCAGCCAUUAAGCAAGAUAGCAGAAAUCGUACGCAAUGUUAUAUGUGCUUCAACAAACAGUGAGUAUUUCAGGUCCGUCGUGGAUUGGGUGGAGGAGAAGAGACCAGCAGCGAUAUUAGCGAGAGUUUAUGGGGAGGAAGGGUCUGCCCUGGUGGUGUCAUCCGGAGUGAGGAUCCCAUUAUAUGAAUUUGACUUGGGAUGUGGAAAGCCUGCGUUUUCAAGUGCAUAUUUUCCAUGGGGAGGAACAGCAGGGUAUGUAAUGUUGCGGGCGAGCCCCCUUGGAGAUGGGAAUAUGGUGGUGUAUAUGCACAUGGCCGAGAAGCAUCUAGAUGCCAUCGAGACUGAUCCUGAAUUUUUGUUCGUGAGGGCCAAUCGAAUGAAUUUCUGGUACCUGUAG